AUGCGCUACGCCGACCCCUCGGCGAACCGGGAUUUGUUGGGGAACCGAACUUUACUCUUCAUCUUCAUCUGCGCCUUCGCCUUGGUGAGACCUUGGUUGCUGGCAACAUGCAGGCGCAGAAACUACAUCAAGAGGUACAUGGAGGCAUAUGAAGGGAGUUUCAAAGGUGAGAGCACGCGCUGUCUCGAGAUGGCAGCUAGUCUGCUUGGGAUUCUCUCUCUCUCUGUGGUGAAGCAGUCGGAGCUAUUCGACAGAUGGAAGAGCCUGCAGAUGUGCAGAUGGGCAAUGAAUAUCUCUGAGGCCAACCAGUUCAAGUCCACUCUGUCCAGGUGCUGCAACGCCCCCUCCUUCCUCUUCACGACGCAGAAGAACACGCCCCUGGGGACGAAGCUCAAGUAUGAAGUGGACACCAGCGGCAUCUACCACAUCAACCAGGAGAUCUUCCGCAUGUUUCCCAAGGACAUGCCCUACUACCGGUCCCAGUUUAAGAAGUGUGCAGUGGUGGGCAAUGGAGGCAUCUUAAAGAACAGCCGCUGUGGGAGAGAGAUCAACAGCGCUGACUUUGUCUUCCGGUGCAACCUACCCCCCAUCUCGGAGAAGUACACCAUGGAUGUGGGAGUGAAGACGGAUGUGGUCACUGUGAACCCCAGCAUCAUCACCGAGAGGUUCCACAAGUUGGAGAAGUGGCGGCGGCCCUUCUACCGGGUGCUGCAGGUGUACGAGAACGCGUCGGUGCUGCUGCCCGCCUUCUACAACACGCGCAACACCGACGUGUCCAUCCGCGUCAAGUACGUGCUGGACGACUUCGAGUCGACGCAGGCCGUGUACUACUUCCACCCGCAAUACCUGGUCAACGUGUCGCGCUACUGGCUCAGCCUGGGGGUGCGCGCGAAGCGCAUCAGCACCGGCCUCAUCCUGGCCACCGCGGCGCUCGAGCUCUGCGAGGAGGUGCACCUGUUCGGCUUCUGGGCCUUCCCCAUGAACCCCUCGGGCCUCUACAUCACCCACCACUACUAUGACAACGUCAAGCCCCGCCCCGGCUUCCACGCCAUGCCCUCUGAGAUCUUCAACUUCCUGCACCUGCACAGCCGAGGCAUCCUCCGCGUGCACACGGGCACCUGCACCUGCUGCUGA